ACGCGUCCCAGCCUCACUGCCUCCUCCUGACGUCACUUCCCACACACGAAAAUAUGGCGGCGGCCGUAUCUUCGGUUUCUACUGCUGUACAAAUGCAAGAAAGUGUGGUUUUUAAGACCGAGCCAGAAGCCGAUGACGUGACCAACCCGGAUUUAGGAGCGGUGCUGAAACGGGACCCCGUGGUCACGUUGAUUUGUCCGCUGAGCGGAAUACAGCCGGUGACAUGGGCACAGGACCACCGGAUUGCUGUCUCCACCACUGGUGCUGUGGCGUUGAUCGAACUGGUGUGUGACGUCCACAGCAACAAACAGGACAUGACCAUGCAAAGGACGUCAAUCCCCGUGCGGCAGGAUGUCCUCCAGCUAAAGGUGGGGCCUGCAGAGGAGCUCGCCAGAGCCAGAGACAAGUUCUCCUCCCACCCGGACCCCACCAUCAACCAGGCCUUCAUGACCGACCGCGUCAUCAACCCCCACGUGGGAACCCACAGGGGCGUUAAGUACACCAGCUGGUCCCCGCUGGGUUGCGACGCCAGCGGCCGCUGCCUCCUGGCCAUCCUCUCCCUGGACCAACGCCUCACCGUCCACAACAGCGUCAAGCGCCUGGAGUGGAACAUGCUCGCCGACCUCACGGACUCGUACUCGCGCAGGCUAGCGGAGCGCAACUACUCCCGUAAGAACUCCGCCGACGACGACGACUCGGCGUCGCCCGCCGCCCCGGCCGCGGAGAACCUCCUCAACCUGGAGGAGCUCCGGCGGCGCUUCCGCAUGCAGACGCCACUGCGCAUGGAGUGGUCCAGCGUGUACACGGUCAAGCACCUGGCGGCGGACCACGCCUGCCGCGAGGCGGAGAUGGUGCUGCUGGCCGUGCUGAUGGAGAACGGUGACAUGGUGCUGUGGCAGUUCGACCUGCCCUUCGCGCCGGGCUCGGCACCCACGGUCUACGACGUCAUCGAGUCGGGCGUGCCGGGCCCCACCGAGGUGGCGUGGUGGGAGUACGACGGCGGUGACCGCCGCAUGAGCGGGCUGAUCGUGGGCAGCGACGUGGGCCCGGUGAAGAUCCUGCCCGUCAACAUGGCGCGGGUCAAGGGGUACUUCACGCUGCGCAAGCCGGUGGUCCUGUGGCCGGAGGAGGACCGGAUCCCCGUGGAGAACAUCCGCUGCGUGCCCAUGUUCCACCCGGUGCAGAAGACCCCCUGCAGUCUGGUGCUGGCCUCGCGCGGCUGCUACGUCUUCUGGUGCCUGCUGAUGAUCUCGCCGGCGGGGCUCAACGUGUUCAACGCGCACAUCCCCGGCCUGCACUCGCUGCCCAUCGUGUCGCUGGUGGCCACGCGGCGGGGCGGCGUCGCGGUCUACACCUGCUCCAUGGACGGCGCGGUGAAGAAGCUGGUGCCGCGCUUCACGGACGCCGGCGCCAUGGUGUUCAGCCAGGAGGACGCGCUGCCGCCGGACACCUUCCCCGGCCGCCGCACGCUGUCCAUCGCCGUCAGCCCCAACGGCGCCUACCUGGCCCUGGCCAACACCCAGGGCAUGGUGGGCGGCUACCACCCGGCGGAGAAGACCUACCAGGUGAACUUUGUCAGCCUGAAGACGACGGAGACGGCGACGGCGCUGCUCCUCAAGUCCCCGGCGCAGAGCCUCUACCGGAUGGCCGACCUGCUGGACCUGGUGCGCUGGACGGUGCUGCGGGACAAGGCCCUGCCCCCGGCCCUGAUGGACGCCGUCGACGAGAAGACCCGCGGCUCGGACUCGGCCUACUUCUGGCGGUUCAAGCUCUUCCUGCUGCGCAUGCUCCUGCUGUCGCUGCAGAAGAAGCCGGCGGACCCUCGGUGGAAGCCGUCCCAUAAGCACUCAAAGGCCUUCUUCAGGGACGAGGACGAGGAGGACGACGAGGCAGAGGAGGAGGAGGAGGAGGUGGAGGAGGAGACGGCGGAAGGCGGGGAGGCUGGGUCGACGCGCGCGCGGCCGGGGGUGAAGGUGGAGGACGCCGGGCAGCGCAUGGCGGAGCUGAAGGCGGAGAUGAAGGUGGUGGAGGCCCACCUGAUCAAGGAGCACAUGAAGAAGGUCCUUGGGGAUGUGUACCUCAACAUCUGGUCGGCCGUGAACACCAGCGUCCCCACCAGCGGUCUGGUGGACUACCUCUCUGAGGGGCCGGGGGACCGGGAUGCAGAGGUGCUGAUCGGCCACAUUAAGAAGAAGAUGCAGAAGCAGAAGUUCCCGGAGCGCUGUAGCCUCUGUGCGGAGGUGCUGCCCUUCUCCGACUUCAAACAAACCGUCUGUCAGAACGGACACCUCUGGCAGAGGUGUGUGUUAUCAUAUCAGACCUGCCAGGCUCUCACGUUUAAGCGAUGCCUGCUGUUGGACAGCAUUGCUGCGGAGCCUGAGGAUGAUGCUCCAGAGUGGAUUAAGAAGAUCCUGAAAGGACCGUGUCCGUACUGUGACUCCCCAAUGAUUUAGGAGAACCAGGACCGUCAUCACGGAAGCAAAGUAUGCUAUACGCAAAACACGCUAGCCCGGAGUUUCGAUCAGGAACCUCUUCCAGCACUUGUUAGUUUGACUACAGAAAGUAUUUUUAUUUUUUUAACAUUUUAUUGAGGCCUGUACUCUUCCUUUGAUUGGUGACUUCAGAUAUUACCGAAAUAAAGCUAUAUAUUUUUGUAUUUAAA